AUCACGCUGCCACCGGAGAUGUAUCCGAAUUCAGGCAUUAACGCCGCAGCGGUUGCGGCCCGCCAUCCGGGCCCGCCGCAAUCCGCACAGCCAUUCAAAUUCACCAUAACUGAAAACUGUGAUAGGAUAAAAGAAGAGUUCAAUUUUCUUCAAGCACAGUAUCAUAAUCUGAAAAUGGAGUGUGAAAAGCUGGCUCAAGAUAAAACGGAAAUGCAGCGACAUUACGUGAUGUACUACGAAAUGUCAUAUGGUCUCAAUGUGGAAAUGCACAAACAGACGGAAAUUUCGAAAAGACUAAACGCAAUAAUCACCCAGAUCGUGCCGUUCCUGUCCCAAGAGCAUCAGCAGCAAGUGUUGACAGCUGUUGAACGAGCGAAGCAAAUCACAAUGUCGGAACUGAAUAGCGUAAUUGGGCAACAACAACGGCCCGAUUUGCCUAGGUUACUACAACAGAUGCAUGCUCAACAAAUUCCGGGUGCUCACGGUGCACCACCGAUACCGGUCGGUAUGCCUCAUCCUAGCCUUGGACCUGGUGCACUAGGCGGACCGUUAGCUCUCGGUAGCACGCCUCCUCAACAUCCCUUAGCAAUCUUGAACAAACAGGAAUUGCACAGACCGGAAGAAUCGAAAAGUAGCAAUAGUAACAUAAUGCCAUUGGAUGACAGACACCGAAGCUCAAUUUCUCCAUCGGAUCGUGAUAAAUACCGUCCAAGGACCCCCGAAUCAACACACGAGCUGAAGAAGGUUAAGAAGGAGGAAAAGGACAUGGGCCAUUCUGAUGGUGAAAAGUCGGAUCAAGAUUUAGUGGUGGAUGACGCAUCGGAGAUCAAUCCAAUGAGCCCAAUGCCCAAUCAACAUCAUAACGGAACAGCGUCGCCUCGCGAAAAUGGUAUGAUGCAAAAGAAACUGGACGUGCAGGAUCGAGAUCGGAUUGGAACACAUUCGCCCCGAUCAGGUACGUCAUCCAACGCAUCGACUCCUUCGAAUAAGAAACUGGACGACAAACCAACCACACCUAUAGCAAAGCCAGCUACUCCUACCAACUCGGUUGCAAGUAACGGUGUGCCGAAGGUGGUCAAUAAACCGCCUGUAUUGAAUCCCGGUUAUCCCCCGUACCUUGCUGGUCCGCUAAAUGGUGCUCCACACGAUUUACAAGCAGCAGCAGCAGCUGCUGCAGCGUACGGUGGCCCCGGUGUGCACAAUAAUCUGCCACAUUCGUUGAACAACUACGCCCGUGCUCCGUUGGCAUUCGAUCCCCACCCUCAGAUGCGUGCUCCCCUCGGCCCGAUUGGUAUCCCCGGUGGAAAACCAGCUUAUUCAUUUCAUGUAAAUGCUGAAGGACAAAUGCAACCAGUGCCAUUUCCCCAGGAUGCCCUAGUUGGACCUGGUAUUCCUCGUCACGCCCGUCAAAUUAGCUCCCUGAACCAUGGCGAAGUAGUGUGUGCCGUAACGAUCUCCAACCCGACAAAGUAUGUGUAUACCGGUGGUAAAGGAUGUGUAAAAGCGUGGGAUAUUUCGCAGCCAGGGAAUAAAAGUCCUGUGUCGCAGCUAGAUUGUUUGCAACGAGACAAUUACAUCCGCUCGGUGAAACUUUUACCAGAUGGACGAACGCUGAUUGUUGGAGGCGAAGCAUCUAACCUUUCCAUCUGGGAUUUAGCAAGUCCGACGCCUAGAAUAAAAGCCGAAUUAACAUCGAAUGCGCCAGCCUGUUAUGCGCUUGCCAUUUCGCCUGACUCUAAAGUGUGUUUUUCAUGUUGUUCGGAUGGUAACAUUGCCGUUUGGGAUCUUCAAAAUCAGACACUAGUACGACAAUUCCAAGGGCACACCGAUGGAGCUUCCUGCAUUGACAUUAGUGCCGAUGGCUCCAAGCUUUGGACGGGUGGUUUAGAUAAUACCGUACGUUCAUGGGACCUGCGAGAGGGAAGACAGCUACAACAACAUGAUUUUAGUUCGCAGAUCUUCUCUCUUGGAUACUGUCCAACGGGUGAAUGGCUUGCCGUGGGAAUGGAAAAUUCGAAUGUGGAAGUGUUGCACGCUACCAAGCCCGACAAGUAUCAGCUACAUUUGCACGAAAGCUGUGUGCUGAGUUUGAAAUUUGCCGCCUGCGGCAAAUGGUUCGUUUCGACUGGUAAGGACAAUUUACUGAACGCGUGGAGAACGCCUUAUGGAGCCUCAAUUUUCCAGUCGAAGGAAUCUUCCUCGGUGCUAAGCUGUGAUAUAUCCGCCGAUGACAAAUACAUAGUUACGGGCUCGGGAGACAAAAAGGCUACUGUUUACGAAGUCAUCUAUUAAAGUUGGUGGGUAGGGCUAGUAUUAAGCAGAGCAAUAGAGC